AUGCUUCUACAUGGAGCUUACAAACGAUCCUUUGCCGAGAGUGCAGAAGAGCCAGACUCGACAUCAGGACAGGACGGUGAUAAUUACGCCUGGGCUCGGCACUCACCCAGUGUCACGGCGGAUCUACCCAGAGCCUCCACCGUCGCCAGUGGCCCUGCGCAAGAUAUCCGACUCGAUGACGAUGGGAAUGGAGGCUCAGAAUCUGCUUCUUGGGACCAUGCCGCAGGCGCGCAAUUGACCUCGGUCGUUGAUUCAAACGUGGCAUCGGAUCGCGUCAAUUCCGAGGCGCUAGUCAGUACACCGACGGGCAGCUCAAAAGCACCCACACCGAAAAACGUCAAGAGGCCGAAAUAUACUAUACCUGAUCGAAGGAACCGAAAUCCGUGCGUCGCUUGUACUGUCCAAAGCGUUCGGUGUGAGAUGGUCGACCGCCGACCACCGUGCACGAGGUGCUGCGAUCUAGACCAACCGUGUGUGUUGAAGUAUCCAGGCAAGAAGCCUGUUGCCCGACCCCCUCUGCGGCACAAGAUGACAUCUUCAACGUCGCAAGACCGACGAGGAGAAGUCGUGUCGCAGCUCAAAAGCCCCACAACAACCCGGGUCUCCCAUGAUCAAGCCUCCGCGACUAUCUGUACGAGAUGCCGCACCUUGGGGAUCCCCUGUAUCCCCACCCGUACGCCAAGGUGUGUCGAAUGUCGAGAUAAGCACACCAAAUGCAGUCUCCUCGUUCAACCUCUUCCCAAAACCAUGCCGCCCAUUAUCGAUCCUCCCCUUAUCGAUCCGCCCGCGCGUGGAUCGGAUGACUCCAGCGAAGACACGUCGAGUAGCAGUGAUGAUAUUUCGGAUGAGGCUUCUGUCACAUCUGCCAUUAAAGACGAACCUUUUGAAGAUGAAGACUGUCUGACUAGCAUUCGCGUGUUCGGUCAUGAUGGCAUACACUCACGUCCUGGAGACCCCGUGGCCCAGUGGCCGCAGGAAGGCCCGAUGGCAGAACAAGUGGAAUCGACGACUCGACUGUCGAACUCGAUAGUUUCGCCUAAUUUCCUCCAUAGGGGGUCCACCAACCCACGAGUUAUUGCCCUGAUCAAUCAGCCAUCCUUCCCCUCAAAUCCCCUGUGCAGACAGGAAUUUCUUGAUAUGUGGGCCAAAUGCAGAUACGUGAAGGAAGGUUUGAUGAGCGCACGCGAGAUCCUCGAUUUCCGUAGGUUCUCUCAACAUCUGGCGCCGCAUUCGAAGAUUAUCAAUCUCAAUUUUCUUUCCCGUGAUACCCAUGAGCAAUUGCUCAUGGAAGACACAAUGUUAGGGUGUUCAUUGUUGACCAUAUCCUCCCGCUUUAUGACUCUUCCACACCCCGGGGGACGGCCACGGAGCACUUAUAUCCACAGCCAGCUGUGGAGGCACUGCGAGGACUUUAUUCAGCAUAUUCGAAAAUACUCUCAUUCAGACAGCCGCGUACUCGGCGCUAUCGAGAGCCUCUUAUUGCUGUCCGACUGGUUGCCUCGAUCUGCCCAGGAAACAGUCGAUCUUUCGUCCGAGUGGAGCGGAGAAUUAAUUUGUCCAGAUUUGGACAGUCAUACGGAGCAUGAUACCGGUGCCAGGUCGCCACCGGUGAAUUGGAAACACGACGUGCUCGGUCCUUUGCAGCGGUCAGAGAGAUUGUCUCGGCGGCUGAUCAGGGCUGCACUGAAUAUUGCCCGAGUUUCACGGAUCUUUUCUGACGAACCUCCACGGGCCUCGGAUCUUCAUGUUCGACAGGCAGGCCGACAAUCUCGCAUCAGAGAUCUACUUUCUAUCUAUUAUAUCAGAAUUUCCUGCUCACAUGGCCCACCUUUUCUUGAGAACGGUGCUCGGCAAGCAGUGUUUGGAUCUUCCAACGUCAGAAUCAUCGAGCCACUCUCCGACAGGUUCACAUGUUUGUGGCUGGAAUUGACGGUUAUCAUGGAAUCAGCGGGUGUCGUGUUUGCCUCACCAUCACCUCAGAUGGAGCACGUACUAGAGGGAGACUAUAGCAGCCUCCGGUCACACUGGCUUUUGCCCUUGGAUAGAUGGCGCGGAUGUUUUGACUCCGAAGUUUCCGGAAUGUCCCUUGAUCUCAGUUGUUUCUUAUUGAUCGAGUUCUACCACCUCCAGGCGUGUCUGAGUUCCCUGCCUAUUCAAGCAGUGGUCAACAGAGCACAGACGCAGCGCGGGAGACGUAUGCACUUGUCCUCCACCGGCAGAGCCGACGAUGCGCCUGAUGUACUGCCCACAGACCGAGAGCUCAUCGACCAGGUGAUCCAUAGCACUCUGAACAUCUUCCGCCUCGUCUAUACCAUUGGUCUCGGCAAGAGAUUGAACUACGCACCUCUUCGAAUUCGAAUAUGCAUUCUCUCGGCAUCUAUUCUGUAUCUCAAGGCUACGAGUCUUGGAGGGUAUAUGAUGCGUAGCAUUCUGGCGCAGAUGGCAGAAUUGAAGAUGUGCAUCACGGCGCUGCGAUCUGGUGGGAUUGAUGAGCUCGACUUUGUGCCCCGCCAUGCUCAGGUUCUGGAUCAACACUUGGAUGAGUUCCUCUGUCAAUUUGCGCCCGUACGAACCAGCGCCGGACAGAUGCUUCUCUCCGGGGAUGAAGGGGUUGCGCGCCCCUUGGAUCCUCAUAAUGGUCCAUGUACGACCGAUGAUAAGACCAUCCCGCUUGGGGUCAGCCCACAGUCGAUGGACUUUUUGAUCAAACAGUCGCAAUGA